CCUCGCUCAUUGGGGGGGGAAGUAUACAGCCGACUUUCACUGCCAAAGUUGGGUUUGUCACGUUGAAAGGCGCAGUCCAAUCCAAUACCCUCUCUCAUCCAAUCAGCUUUUAUUUUCACACCAUAGUAGGCUACUUGCAACUUGCAAGCAGAUUUCUAGAAGAUGGCGACUGCGGAACCGGAAACCAUUUGUAUUUCUUCUCAUUCUGAGGAAGAGAAAACUGUAGCAACUGGACAAGAAGUUGUAAAUCCUGAGGAUUACAUCAAGCAUCCACUACAGAACAGAUGGGCUCUUUGGUUCUUCAAAAAUGACAAAAGUAAAACAUGGCAAGCCAACCUGCGUCUCAUCGCAAAGUUUGACACAGUGGAAGAUUUCUGGGCGCUCUAUAAUCACAUUCAGCUGUCAAGCAACCUGAUAUCUGGCUGUGACUACUCCCUCUUCAAGGAUGGCAUUGAACCCAUGUGGGAGGACGAGAGGAACAAGCGUGGCGGCCGCUGGCUCAUCACGCUGUCCAAACAACAGAGACGCGCAGACCUAGACCGCUUCUGGCUGGAGACGCUCCUGUGCCUUGUCGGCGAGGCCUUUGAUGACCAUAGUGAUGAAGUAUGUGGAGCUGUGGUCAACAUCAGAACGAAAGGAGACAAGAUUGCAAUCUGGACGGCAGACUAUGCGAACAAAGAAUCAGUGACACACAUAGGGAGAGUCUAUAAAGAGAGGCUGGGGGUCCCUGCCAAAGUCAUCAUUGGGUACCAGUCACAUGCGGACACGGCCACCAAGAGUGGCUCCACCACCAAGAACAAGUUUGUCGUCUGACGGAUGCCUUUCCGCUCUGGGUUAGGGUUAGACGGACGGAUGCCUUUCCGCUCCGCCAUGGGAGGCCUUUGGGGUUUACAUCUUUAAUCGUUUUCACUUUCAGUUGAACAGAGACUUUGUGUGUGAGUGUCUGUGUGUUUGUGUACACAGACAGAAACUGUGUGUGUCGUGGGUUACAUUGUUACAGUGUUGCAAACAGGAACAGUGACUUUGUAUGCUCUGAGCGUAAACCAAAGGUAAACGAUGGCGAGACUGGAUGAUAAUAUAAUAAUAAUAAUAAUAAUAAUAAUAAUAGUAUUAAUAAUAAAUAACAAUGUUACAUCACACAUCAGCAUUACACUUGAACGAAAUAAGUAGAUUAAUACAGGGCGAAGAGGAAAAGAAAGUGUCUUUCACCGAUUCUUUAGUCCCACAGUAUGACUGGCUGUCUGAACGCUCUUACAACAUAAGAUAAACAGAGCCUACCAGCCCCCACCUCUGGUGUUUACAGUAUGUGGACGUAGGAUUCAAACCGUUGCCUAACUGUAGUUUCAGAAGCAGAUCAGCACUGUUCAACGUGUGUGUUCUAAAAAGGAGAUCAUGCUUCACUAUUGUGCUUUGUCUGGGCAUUCACUCUUUGAGUGUGGUCUUCAUUUCAAUGCCUUUUAUAUUUUGAGUGGCGGUAAGUUAUUUUCUUUUUACUUGGCUGGUUGGCCUAUGGCUGCCUCUCUCCUUGGUUUUAUUUUGUU